UUCAUUUUCAAUUUAAUUCUCAUUUAAAGCGUAGUACAUCCGGAUGCAACAUUUAAAGAGAUGAAGCAGCAGUCAUUGAUGUUAUUGUUUCCUCUCUCUCCUUUCUCCUUUUUGACGUAUAAUUUCAGAUUUCCCUCCAACUCAUAGAUUGUAAGCUUCUGAGUGAAAUUGAGAAUUGACAGGAUAUGAUACGAGCAGUGAUAGUGAUGAAUAAUAAAGGGAAACCUCGUAUCGUCAGAUUCUACGAGCACCAGCCCAUGGAGAAGCAGCAAGAGCUUAUUCGGAAAAUAUAUGGAGUUCUAUGUAGUAGACCUGAGAACGUUAGCAACUUUGUCAAGGUUGAUUCAUUAUUUGAGUCGGAUGCUCGUCUUGUAUAUAAGACUUAUGCCACACUGCAUGUCAUAUUCAUAUUUGAUGACUCAGAGAACGAGCUUGCGAUGCUUGAUCUGAUGCAAGUUUUUGUGGAGACACUCGACAAGUGUUUCGGCAACGUAUGUGAACUCGACGUAGUAUUCAAUUUUAAUAAGGUUAAUGCCAUCUUAAAUGAGAUUAUACUGGGGGGUCAAGUACUUGAGACAAGCUCUAUGGAAGUGGUCAAGGCAGUUGAGGACAUCUCGAAGUAAAGGAUGGAAAAAGCUUCCAAUUCAGUCAUGUCUAUACCCCGAUGGCAAGGCUGGUGAGAAGUGCAGACAAAACCAAGAAGGCUAUAAUAUUGCUCAUAGUUAUGAAAUCUCGAUUACAAUAUUGCUCAUAGUUACGAAAUCUCGAUUAAAAUAUUGCUCAUAGUUAUUUCUUUGUCAAGUGAGACGUUUUUUUAAUAGUGGUUAUGGCACAGAAGGCCCGGUAUGAGCAAUGUGGUUUGCUUCACUCUUCAGCAGUUCAGCCAAAUAAAUGGAAGCGGCCUGUGCAUUACAUUGCCAUCUGUUUUGGGCCAUUGGCUAUUGCAUCCCCCAACUCUUGUAGGCUAUGCUUGGAUCCAGGAAAAUAAAUGAAAAUCCUGAAGAAAGUUAUUUACUUAUAUUUGGUUUAACCUCGGAAAUGUGAAGAAAAAUUGAUAUGAUCACUGUUUUGGUUUUUUUACUUGUUUGAUCAAUCUAAUAUUGUCUUAGAGAUUUCAACUUUAUAAUCAAACCCCCUUAUAAAUUGUAUUUGUUCAAGUAGGCGUGUCAAUGGGUCGGGGCUAGACCUGGACCCGACGUGGACCCGAUUGUUUUUAAUGGGUAUGUGUGUACUCCCUCCG